GAUAACUAAGGGAGUUAAACCAAUGGAAUUAAAUGGGUCUUAAAGCGGUAACAGCCCAGGCUCUUAGACCUUUUGCAUUUAAAGAUGUUUUGGCAUCAUUGGAAGAUUAAUUUUGUAUGCAAAAUAAAGCACAUAGUUUUCAUCUCCCUCUCUGGCCAGUACUGUUUAUCUGCAGCAGAAGCCAGUCUCCCGGGGACAGCAAGGACAGCUGCCCUCUGGAAGAGGAGGGUUAAAAAAAAGUGUGUAUACUACUUUUUCUGCAGGACUUGGCUUUCUCCUCAGAUCUUAAAAGAGAAAUAUCGAGCAGGGGAAGGGAGGGAGAGAGAGAGAAAGAGAGAAAAGAUGGCUAGUGAAUUCAAAAAGAAAAUGUUUUGGAGGGCAGUAGUGGCUGAGUUCUUAGCCAUGAGCCUCUUUAUUUUUAUCAGCAUCGGCUCAGCACUGGGCUACAAUUUUCCUGUAAUAGGCAACAAGACAGCUACAGCCACUCAAGACAAUGUGAAGGUCUCGCUGGCUUUUGGGAUCGCGAUUGCAACCAUGGCACAAAGUGUGGGUCACAUCAGUGGUGCCCACCUGAACCCAGCGGUGACCCUGGGUCUUCUGCUGAGCUGUCAGAUCAGCGUCUUGAAGGCUUUCAUGUACAUCGUUGCCCAGUGCCUAGGAGCAGUGGUAGCCACGGCGAUUCUUUCUGGAGUCACUUCAUCUCUUCCAAACAACUCCCUUGGGCUCAAUGCGGUAAAGCUGAUAACCUUUUCUUUCCCACUUUCAAGCAGAAGUCUUAAUCUUGCAGAGGGAAUCAAUUCAGGCCAAGGGCUGGGCAUUGAAAUAAUUGCCACCUUCCAGCUGGUGCUGUGUGUCCUUGCCACCACAGACAGGAGAAGAAAUGAUAUCUCAGGAUCAGCACCUCUGGCCAUUGGGCUCUCUGUUGCCUUAGGACAUCUUCUUGCUAUUGAUUACACUGGUUGUGGAAUUAACCCAGCCAGGUCUUUGGGUUCAGCUUUGGUUGGCAGAAACUUUACUAAUCACUGGAUCUUCUGGGUGGGCCCAAUGCUGGGAGGUGCAAGUGCUGCCCUGAUCUAUGACUUCAUCCUGGCUCCCAGAAGCAGCGACCUGACUGAUCGUAUGAAGGUGUGGACCAGUGGCCAAAUUGAAGAAUACGAUCUGGAUGGGGAUGACAUUAACACAAGGGUGGAGAUGAAGCCAAAAUAAAGAAGAAUUCAGGGAAAGAAACACAUCAUUUUCUGAAGAUGUUAUCACUAUUAUAGACUCUUUGUAAACACACAAGCAGUAUUUCCAGAAGGUUUUUAAUUCAGGUUUUACAUUUCCUCACCCCCUGUCACUCUAGCCUUUACUAUCUGGCUCUUAAAUACAAUGGGCUUGAGGCCAAAAUCACUAGACACUUGCGUGUGAGCUAGCAGAUGAAGUUAAAAUUCUGAAACCCCAGAUUUAUGGCACUGUAUGGAAAGGAAUCGUUCCUCCGAUGUCUCCAUAUAUGAUGACAACAUUCAAAUCACCAGUGUAAGUGCGGUGACAGUGGAAUGCUAGGACACAUGAUCUGUCUGUACCCAUAAUAGGGAUUUUAUUAGACAGAAAGUUUUAACAUAAAAUACGAGUCAUAAUAGCACAUGAAAAAUUCUCUCCAAUUGUUGGCACAAAAGAAUCCUUUAGAAAUAAAUGCACCUAAAUUGGUUAUUAGUGAUAUGGAACAUGGCUGAGCUUUCUAGACUGAAUGCAACCCCCAAAACACUGCACUACAAAUGUUCUCAGCAAGCAUCAAAUCUGCAAGCGCCAGAAAUGCUUGCAUCUUCCAAUCUUUUGUCCUCCCUGCACAACCUUGAUGCAGACUGCAGCUAUAAAAUGAAAUCUGAAUUUUCGGACUCCAGGGAACUAAUAACUAGAAGUCAAAUUGGAGUGCAGCUAUAACAAUGGCAACGAGAACAAUACCUCGCUAACGUGUCAACAGGAUUUGCCUAGUCCUGUGGCUCGCCUGCUUUUGUUAAUCUUGCAUAUAUAACUGUGCAUCUUAAAACAAAAUGGCAAAAAAUCAAACGCACUCCACAUUGUUUGAGUAGCUAAUACUGGGAAAUUCAGGGACAAUGUAAUACAGACUAUAUAUACUCAGUAUAUGAGUAUAUUCUAACUGGGCACAAACAAAUACAUUUUUGAACCUAAACACAUUUUUGGGGUCAUUUCCUGGUUUUUUAUAUAUAUGUUUUAUAUUAAGAGACUAAUAAACUGUUUUGUAAGAAAAUAGGAGAAGAAAACAAAGGAAAAGGAUUGUGGUAAAUAUUAGGCAAAAUAAAUGGCACUGGAAAUGGAGAGAAAACUAACACAAAAAUAUGUAAGACAAUUUUCUGCUUUUAUUUUUGUGCUAUUUUGUAUUGCCUAAGUAAUACACAAUUGUAGAUGGUUGUGUAUACUAACCGCAGAAUAUAUUUGAAGCAGAUACGUACUAAUAUACCUGUUCUAUACUUAGACUAUCACCUUUAAAUAAGAAACGAGGCCUGGGGUGUAUCUAUAUGAAAAACUACACCCCUUUCAAUUCACCCAACCAAUCAAUCAAUAUCGCUAUUGAUCUGUUCUCAUGUUAAAGAAGCAGUAUUGAUCAGAGAGCCAAACCAAGAUUCCAAUCAAUAUGAAAGCUGAAGGCAGUUCAGUAAAUGUACAGCACAUAAAAAUAAAAAAAUGUGGAAUACAUUUUUCUUUCUUGCAUUCAAAUUUGGUAUAUUAUCCCAUGUAUUAUCUAUGUAAAUGUGGCAUGGCUGGAUUUUGGAUCAGUUUAGAAAUAAACAAAAUCAGUUGUACUACA